CAGCAAAUCCUCAUGAAUACCAAUUGCCUUCAUAUGCAACUAAAAAUUUCGAAAAGUCAUCUUUUAAAAAACCUACUAAUGUUAUACUUGAAGUCUAUGAUGAUAUGCCUCAUUGCUGGCAUAUGUUCCCUUUUUCUAAAUCUUCUCAAACAGCAUUUGAACGUUGUCGUGAUUUUAUAAAACAUGUUAUUUCUAUUAAAGACAAUAACACAUCCAUGAUUGAUCUUAUUAAAGAGGAGGCAAUACUUCCUUCUAUUUCAGUUUCACCCUCAUUUCUUGCAAUGAGAAUUGGUACAGAUGGUAGUACAGUAAAAGAAUUUUGUGAAGACGAAAUGGCGGGAAAAAACAUUUGCAGAAGAGGCGACACAAUGGAAGUUUGUGGAAGAGGAGACACAGCAGAAGGAG